GGAAGGUCGAGGGAGGGUGGUUUCCUCCCGCCCCACACCCAGUCUCCGAGCCGGAUAUAUACAGUGUCACGUUUGGGAGCCGAAAGACCAGAGCAGUUUCCUUGUGGCUGGAGUACUUCCCGUGGCCUCGGGGAAGGACCGGGAUUUAGCGGACCACUAGUUGAAACCCACCCCCGUGCUGGAGGAGCAGGAACCCCUUUUCAGUGUUCUAAAAGAGAAAAAGAGGAAUCAUGUCCAUGAUUGCAGCUUUCUAUGACAACAAGUCCAUCCUCAUCACCGGGGCCACAGGCUUCCUGGGCAAAGUGCUCAUGGAGAAGCUGUUCCGAACCAGCCCUGACCUGAAAGUCAUCUACAUCCUUGUGAGACCCAAGGCUGGCCAAACCCUGCAGCAAAGGGUUUUCCAGAUCCUCAACAGUAAGCUAUUUGAGAAAGUCAAAGAAGUUUGUCCAAAAGUGCAUGAGAAGAUUAAACCUAUUUAUGCAGAUCUCAUUCAGAAGGACUUAGCCAUCAGCAAAGAGGACAUGAAGGAACUCCUGUCCUCUGUCAAUAUCAUCUUCCACUGCGCGGCCACUGUACGCUUUGACGACCCACUGAGACAUGCUGUGCAACUUAACGUCACUGCCACCCAGCAGCUCUUGCAUAUCGCCAGUCAGAUGCCAAAGCUUGAAGCCUUCAUACACAUCUCUACUGCCUAUUCCAACUGCAACCUGAAGCACAUCGACGAAGUCAUCUAUCCAUGCUCCGUGGAGCCAAAAAAAAUCAUCCAAUCCAUGGAGUGGUUAGAUGAUGCUAUCAUUGAUGAGAUCACUCCCAAGCUGAUUGCCGGUCGGCCUAAUACUUACACCUACACCAAGGCCUUGGGAGAGAUGGUAGUGCAGGAAGAGGGCAGCAACCUGAACGUGGCCAUCAUCCGGCCCUCCAUCGUGGGAGCCACCUGGCAGGAGCCUUUCCCAGGCUGGGUUGAUAACCUAAAUGGACCUAGUGGACUCAUUGUUGCGACUGGAAAAGGAUUUCUUCGUUCCAUGAAAGCUACCCCAAUGGCUGUGGCAGAUUUAAUUCCAGUUGAUACAGUUGUCAAUCUCACCUUAGCGGUAGGAUGGUACACUGCAGUUCACAGACCUAAGCCAACCUUAAUCUACCACUGUACAUCGGGAACUACCAAUCCCUGUAAUUGGGGCAAAAUGGGAUYACAAGUCUUGGCAACUUUUGAAAAAGUCCCAUUUGAGAGAGCAUUCAGGAGGCCACAUGCUGACUUCACAACCAACUACUUCACAGCCUCCUGCUGGAAUGCGGUCAGCCACCGGGCCCCUGCCAUCAUCUAUGACUUCUAUCUGCGACUCACUGGAAGGGAGCCCAGGAUGACAAAGCUCAUGAAUCGGCUUUUAAGAACUGUUUCCAUGCUGGAGUACUUCGUCAACCGGAGUUGGGAAUGGAGCACAUACAAUACAGAAAUGCUGAUGUCAGAGCUGAGUCCUGAGGACCAGAGAGUAUUCAACUUUGAUGUGAGCCAGUUGAACUGGCUAGAAUACAUUGAAAAUUAUGUUUUGGGAAUUAAGAAAUACAUAUUGAAAGAGGAUAUGGCUGGGAUCCCAGAAGCGAAGCAACACUUAAAAAGGCUCCGAAAUAUUCACUACCUCUUUAAUACUGCCCUCUUUCUUAUCAUCUGGUGCCUUCUCAUUGCAAGAUCUCAAAUGGCUCGGAAUAUGUGGUUCUUCAUUGUGAGCUUCUGUUAUAAGUUCCUCUCCUACUUUAGGGCAUCCAGAACGCUAAAGAUCUAAGAACAUUCAACAUUCACCUUUUAUCUGGAACCUCUCGGAUACCUCUCAAAACAGUAAACUGUGGUUCUCAAGAUUAGGAAGUAACAAGGAACAUGUCCAAGCUGACAUAUGUCAAAUAUGCUGUUACGUAUUCAUCACUAUUUCUUAACUGUCUAUUUUUAUUUCCAUGAAAGGAGGAAAGUCACAAACUAGACUAUAGCCAUACAUAUUUUAGGAAAAAAUUACUUCCAGAUUAUUUCCUAACACUCUAGUCUAGGCUCUUGCAUACUCAAUGUGAAAAUGCUCCCA